GCUAGACCGAGAUCUGUAAAAUCAAACCAAGUUUUCUGAAAUCAAAACCGGUCUCUCUUAAACCCUAAUCUCAAGAAUGGAAACUCAGAAACUAAACUCAAUCUUUGAGUACGUCAAAUUUAAUAAACCCCAGAAAUUGUUUCUUUUGUACUCUUAAAUAAUUUUGUAAGGUGUGCUUGGUUUUAACCUGAAGUUUCUUUCUCUAAUGGUGAAAUAGUCAUAGAUCCGUUACCUUAGUCAGAUUCUGUUCAUUUUCUUAUUUUUAUCUUUUAAAGCCCUAGAUUUACAAUUCUUUUUCCUAAUUUUUUCAUAAUCAAGAGACGGAGAUAAUUCCAAUUGUUAGCUUUCAAUCUUUGUUUUAGACUCUCACGCUGAGGUUAUCGAUUGCAGAUCUUAUUCAGAGAUUGCUGAUGAUUCAAUAUGUGAUUCUAAUUUAGUAUCAUGUUUGUUUGGCAAUGGAAUGGUGAAAUUUCAGUCAAGAAAAUCAACACAUAAAAGGCAAAGACAGUAUUUCGAGCAAAAGAAACGGCAACAACAUUCCAAUAGAGAUGACGAUGCUGAAGGAACUCAUGGGUCUGCUGAAUACCAUCGGACACCUAAAUCGUUGGAUAUCUUAAGUUUGUUGACCUUGGGGGGAGAGGCCAAGGGGGGUAAUUCUGGAUGCAACAAUGAGUUCUCAUUACUCGAUUUACUUGGUGAGGAUGGGUCAAAUGGAAAAGCAGAAGGAAGUCCAGUGCGAGAGUGUCAUGUUGCCUUUUCAGUCGAAGGCUUAGGUAAAACAAGGAUGGAAAUUCCAGUUCAUUCACCACAACAACAAUGCAGAUUGCCAUCACCACCGAAGGCUGCAAAGAGACACCUCUCAUCUAAUAAAUACAAGAUGAAUGAGCUUAAACAGGUUCCACUGCGAUAGAAAUUUGGGCAUGCUAAAUCCUGCAUCAGAUAAAAUACCGAACAAGUUCAGAAAAUUGGUAUGUUAAAUCAGUCAUAAUUCAGCUCUGCUACUCCGAGAUUAUCUUAAAGUCCUACAAAGUAUUAGUAGUCUCCUUUAAUUGUACAAGUUCAAUAAAACAUUUACUAUGUCUAUUUCUGAUCUCCUGUAGAGAGUAUAAGUUAUGUACAUGUAAUCCAUGUUGGAAGAGAGAAUAUUUUAAAAAUAUUAUUGGUUAACCAUGUGUUCAUAUGAAAAAUUGGGUCUUCUAGUUGAUCUACAAUUGUAUAUGA